ACUAAUUCUCCGCCAUGGCGGUAGAUUCAAACAUCGAAUUCAACGGAAAAUUCUGAGGGGGAAGGGCAAAGAGAGGAAGGUGAAGAGGCGAAGGAUGGAAAUGUCGAGCUUGAAGUUCUUUGCCGCUCGCAGCCCAAGUCUGAGAAAACCGUUGUCAUGGAGCUGCAAUUCCCGGAAACCUGAUCUACUGUUCAGGGUGGUUGCUUCUUCUUCCCAGGACAAUGGUGGAGAGGUUUCCCAACGGUCUUUAAGCCGGCGUCAGACCUACGCUCUACUGAAGCAGCAGAUGGCCGUUGCGGCGAAAUCUGAGGAUUACAAGGAAGCUGCAAGACUUAGAGAUUCAUUGAGGUCAUUUGAGGAAGAAGAACCAGUUUUACGCCUUCGUCGAAUGUUGAAAGAAGCAGUUGAAGAUGAGAGAUUCGAGGAUGCAGCAAAAUUGCGAGACGAACUGCAGCUCUUAGCUCCAAGUGGACUGCUAAAAUGUUCAAGUGAUGCAACUACCUUGGGCAUCCAGGUCCAUGUCAAGAGUAUUUAUAUUGAAGGACGAAGUCAGCCUUCAGAAAAUCAAUUUUUUUUUGCUUAUCGUAUAAGAAUUACCAACAAUUCUGAACGGCCUGUUCAACUACUCAGGAGACACUGGAUCAUCACUGACGGCCAUGGAAAAACUGAGCACGUGUGGGGGAUGGGUGUGAUAGGAGAGCAACCAGUGAUACAUCCACGGACAAAUUUCGAGUAUUCUUCUGCAUGCCCCUUAGGAACUUCUUCCGGGAAGAUGGAAGGAGAAUUUGAGAUGAGGCACGUCGACAAAGCCAACACUACAACUUUCAGUGUUGUUAUUGCUCCUUUUGCUCUGUCGGUCCAUGAUUAUGAUAUUGAUGAGAUUUAGCGCCCUCUUUCUUUUCUUUUGAAUAUGUUAUAGUUCCUUAAAGUAACUGGCAUAGCUUCCACAAUUUUUAGGCUAGUUGGUCCCCUAGAUGAGCUUGAAGUCGUGGUCUGCUGUAAAUAAUUGUUAUGUGGAACAUAAUCAGCAUUUCAAACCCAAAAAUAAUGACAGAUUCUAGCUUA